CUAAAACUUUUUUUUUGUUGUUGGUUUUUUGGGUAAUGUGUUCUUCUUAUUUUGGCAAAUCUGUGUAAUCUAAGAAGAAGCUGAAUCAAUCAACUUCUUUUACUUGAGAGCUCUCUGAUUUGUUGCCGAAGCAAACAUCAAUUGAUCUUUUUUUUUUUUUUUUUUUUUUUUUUNUUUUUUUUUUUUUUUUUUUUUUUCUUUCAUCAACAACUCUACAAAAGUUCAAAAUUGAGCUCAACCAAAUCAAAAUCGAGUCUCUUUUUUUCUUAGUCAAAUUGAAAUCAACCUCGAAAUUGUGCUUUCUUCUUUGAUUCUUCCGUCUUUCGCAAUUUCAUCUUUUCGAGAUUAGUCUCUCUUGAAUUGGGAGUUUUAACAGCUUCGUGAUGGACUUCGAAUCGUUUGAUAGCAGUGGAACAGAUGAUGAUCUGCCACCAUCGCAUAGGGUUCCACGAGGAGGAGGAGUAGGCGUAGGAGGAGGACGUGUGUCUGUUAAUGGUAGACCAUCGAAUCUUCCUCCUUCUUACCCUAAAAUGUAUGACGCUGAUAUGGAAGCUCAGAUUCACCAGUUUGAGAAAGAAGCAUACAUCUCUAUUAUUAGAGCCUUUAAAGCUCAAGGAGAUGCUAUUUCAUGGGAAAAAGAAAGUGUAAUAACUGAACUACGUAAAGAGUUGAGUAUAGGGAAUGAGGACCAUAGAGAGCUUCUAGGUCGUGUUAACGCAGAUGAUACACUACAAAGGAUAAGGGAAUGGAGACAGUCUGGAGGAAUCCAACAAAGUAUGCGCAAUGCUGCUCAACUGGUUCACGAUACAUUGCCAAGCCCUUCUGUUUCAGCUUCUAUGAAGAAGCACAAACCAAACCAGCCUAUUCCUUCUCAACCAUUCUCCAGUCCGUCACCUUCUUUUCAUCCUCAAGCUGAUCCCACUCACCCGUUUGCUUCAUCGGCAGCUAAACGAGGAUCUGUUCCUAUUGUCAAGGGCAAAAAACAUAAAUCAGUUUUUCCUGGUUCUUCUUCCGCAAAACCUGUCUCAUACCAUCCUUCAGAUCAACCUCCACGAGGACAAGUCAUGAACAGAUUACCAUCUGUUCCUACUAGUUCAAGUGAACCCACAAACGGAACCGAUCCUGAAUCUUUUAUAGGAAGAAGAGUUAAAACAAAGUGGCCUGAUGACAAUACAUUUUACGAUGCUGUCAUCACCAAGUAUAAUCCAGUUGAGGGUCGUCAUGCUUUAGUUUAUGACAUUGGAACACCUCAUGAGACAUGGGAAUGGGUUAAUCUCUCAGAGAUAUCUCCUGGGGAUAUAGAGUGGAUAGGAGAGGAUCCUGGGAUUGGUAAUCGAUAUGGUUACAAUGGACAAGGUCAUGGACUGAAUAAAACUACUGGACCCAACAGUGUUCCACAACGAGGAAGCGGUUUGGCGAAGAACACUAUCAGAAAGGAUUUCAGAACAUCACAAAAUGGAACUGGGAAGAAGAAACAUCACGAUAUACGGAUCCGUCAAACAAAUGUCCUAAUCAGAGAGGUGGAGAGAGUUCUUCGUGCACACAAUCCAGAUCCUCAAGAAGUUGAAAGGGCUAAGAGAAUUUUGGAGGAGCAAGAGCAUGCACUUGUGGGCGCAAUAGCAAAACUUGGAGAUAUUUCCGAUGGUGAAAACGAAGGUUCCUUUCGCCGAUAGCUUAUGUUUAAAUCAAGCCAUUUUGCCAAGGCACAGUGUCAUGUAAGGUCCACUGAUUGCCGGUGAAGAAGAGAUCGAAGCUCUAGCUUUUGUAAGGACUUAAAUGGUGGAAAUGAGCAACAUAUAACAGAAGAAGGAAUGGAUAUUACUGAUGCCAACAAGCCAAAAGACACUUUCCUAAUCCAUAACUAUGAGAAUAUGAUUUCUAAUGUUAGAAUUAAGAUAAUAUACUCCAAAGCAUACGCUAUGGAUAUACAAUACCUUGAGAUCUUAAGAAAAGCCAACAAAGGGGCAAAAGGUGUUUUCUAA